UCUUGCGUCCUCGAAGGACGAGGAGCGUGCGGCGACUCCAAUCAUUCUUGACGACGAGGAGCGUGCGGCGACUCCAAUCAUUCUUGACGACGAGGAGCGUGCGGCGACUCCAAUCAUUCUUGACGACGAGGAGCGCGCGGCGACUCCAAUCAUUCUUGACGGGAGUGAUGACAAAGGCCACGAGGGACCGGACGACAAAGCAGAAAUGAGAGAUCUGACACGAGACUUCAUGGAAACCAAUCCUAGUGUUGUUAACGGCCACCAAGUCUUUGAAGGAGACAUGGUCUUGACGGAGAGCCAGUGGCGAGCGGUCAGGGAGAGGAAGGCCAUUGCAGACCUCUCAGCGCGCUGGCCUCAACAGGGCGGCUUCCCCACCGUGCCCUACUACCUCGACACUACCGACUCCGUCACCGUGGCUGCCAUAAAUGCAGCGAUUGCUCACUGGGAGCAAAACACCUGCAUCAGAUUCCAGCUCACGUCCAACCUCGCUCAACGGCACGUCAGGUUUUUUGAAGGGUCUGGAUGCUGGUCGUAUGUCGGCAUGCUGGCCCAGAAUGGACAAGACAUUUCUAUUGGAAGUGGCUGCAAAGAACUCGGCAUUGUCGCCCAUGAGAUCGGCCACGCCAUUGGGUUCGUGCACGAGCAGAGUCGCCCCGACCGUGACGACUAUGUGGUCAUCAAUUACGGCAACAUCCAAACUGGCAAGGAAAACAACUUCAAUAAGUACAGCACGUCAGUGGUCAACACCUACGGCAUACCAUACGACUACUCAUCCGACAUGCACUACGGUUCUACGGGCUUCACCAACAACGGCAAGUCGACCAUCGCCACCCUAUAUCCCUUGGCGCAGGAGCUCAUCGGCCAGCGCACGGGACUAUCUCACAGGGACAAACUAUUGGCCAACACCAUGUACGGCUGCAUCAAUAAGUGGCUUGCUGCUUGCGGAGUGAACGCCGACCCCUGCCAGAACGGCGGGUUUUAUGGAAAUGGCUGCGCUUGUGUGUGUCCCUCGGGCACCUCAGGGGCCAACUGUCAGACAGUGACAGGAAACUACUACGACGAGUUGACGAAUCCCUGCACUGAGAAAGUAACUCAGGAAGGCACCCUCACCUCGCCGGGCUAUCCAAGCAACUACCCAAACAUCCAGUGCGUCAAGUGGAUUGUAGCUCCUGCAUGCCACGUGCCCCGAGUGACCUUCUCAGACUUUUACCUGUACGGAAAGGAUCCCUACUGCGGCUCGACUACAGCGACGUGCUGCUACUUUGAUGGUCUGGAGAUCAGAACCGACAACUUGUACAACGGUGCAGUGUAUUGUGGCACGGACAUCACUGCAGGCCAGACCUUCACCGGAACCGGUCAAGAGAUGAUUUUAUACUUCAGGGCGAUAAGUAAUAAUCUUCGCAGGGGAUGGUCUGCCCAACUCACCUUUGUGCCGCAACCGGGAUGCACAACCACCACUACAGAAACCUCCACCACCACCACAGCAACAACAACCACCACUACAGAACCCACCACCACCACCACCACCACAGCAACAACCACCACUACAGAACCCACCACCACCACUACAGAACCCACCACCACCACUACAGAACCCACUACCACCAUUACAGAACCCACCACCACCACUACAGAACCCACCACCACCACUACAGAACCCACCACCACCACAGCAACAACCACCACUACAGAACCCACCACCACCACUACAGAACCCACCACCACCACUACAGAACCCACCACCACCACUACAGAACCCACCACCACCACUACAGAACCCACCACCACCAUUACAGAACCCACCACCACCACUACAGAACCCACCACCACCACUAAGUAA